AUGCCAGUACCCGUCAGCGCGCCUCGCACUUUGUACGACAAAAUUUGGGACGACCAUGUUGUCGAUGUUAAGGAGGACGGUUUAGCGCUCGUCUAUAUAGACCGCCAUCUUGUUCACGAAGUCACCAGCCCGCAAGCAUUCGAAGGACUUCGUACCGCAGGAAGACCAGUACGCAGGAGGGAUUGCACUCUGGCCACGGUGGAUCACAAUGUUCCCACCGUAUCACGCAAAAAUUUCACCUCAGUCGAAUCUUUCAUCGCCGAACCGGACUCCCGUGCGCAAUGUGCUGCUCUGGAAGAAAACGUGAAGGAAUUUGGUCUGACAUAUUUCGGUAUGAAGGAUCGCCGUCAAGGUAUCGUUCAUGUUAUCGGUCCCGAGCAAGGGUUCACACUGCCUGGAAUCACUUGCGUUUGCGGCGACUCGCACACAUCAACUCAUGGUGCUUUCGGAUCUUUGGCGUUCGGUAUUGGAACGUCUGAGGUUGAACAUGUGCUCGCAACACAAACUCUUCUGCAGAAGAAAGGCAAGAACAUGCGCAUCACGGUCGACGGCGGGCUCCAUGACGGAGUUACGUCGAAAGACGUGGUCCUCCAUAUCAUUGGCGUUAUCGGCACUGCUGGAGGAACAGGAUGCGUCAUCGAGUACGCAGGUUCCGUCUUCCGUGGUUUCAGUAUGGAGGCUCGUAUGAGCGUCUGCAACAUGAGUAUCGAAGCUGGUGCUCGUGCGGGCAUGGUCGCUCCGGACGAGGUCACGUUCAAGUAUCUCCAAGGCCGUCCUCUGUCUCCUAAAGGAGAGGAAUGGGAUCGCGCGGUGGCUUACUGGAAGACGCUUAAAUCUGACGAAGGCGCCAAAUUCGACAUUGAAGUUAACAUCCCCGCCUCCGACAUCGUCCCGACCGUCACCUGGGGUACUUCCCCUCAGGAUGUCGUUGCCAUCACUGGAUCUGUUCCGGACCCAAGGACGAUGUCAGACCCAGUAAAACGAGCUUCUGCCCAACGGGCCUUGACGUACAUGGGCCUUGAGCCCAACACCCCUAUGGAGGACAUUCAGAUCGACAAGGUUUUUAUUGGGUCUUGCACCAACAGUCGAAUCGAAGACCUUCGCUCCGCCGUCAGAGUCGUCCUAGCGGCUGGUCCAGAUGCCCAUGUUGCACCGAACGUCCACGCAAUGGUCGUACCUGGGUCUGGCGUCAUCAAGCAACACGCUGAAGCAGAGGGAUUGGAUGUCGUUUUCAAGAGGGCCGGCUUCGAUUGGCGUGAGGCGGGAUGCUCGAUGUGUUUGGGCAUGAAUCCUGACCAACUCGCCCCUGGAGAGCGUUGCGCCAGCACAAGUAAUCGUAAUUUCGAAGGUCGUCAAGGUGCAGGUGGUCGUACUCAUCUCCUCAGUCCUGCCAUGGCCGCUGCCGCCGCCAUUGCAGGCAAGCUGACGGACGUUCGGAAAUUCAUCGGCAAGGUUGCAGAGCAGAAUAUUGCGAAGUCGGCCCCUUUGAAGACUGUCAGCGCAUUCAACUUCAUGGAUGCAGCCACCGCUUCCCCCGAUGCAGCACCUAACGGCGCUUCGAACGGCGCUUCCAUUUCUCUACCUCCUUCGACGACUUCCUCUUCGGUCCAGAAAUUCACCAUUGUCAAAGGCAUUACGGCUCCUCUGCACAUUGAAAACGUGGACACCGAUAUGAUCAUCCCGAAGCAAUUCUUGAAGACCCUCAAGAGAACCGGUCUUGCUGACGCCCUCUUCUUCACCCUCCGGAAAGAUCCUCACACCGGCAAGGACACUGACUUCAUCCUCAAUCGCGCGCCAUACAAUAGGGCCAAGAUCCUCGUUUGCACUGGCAAGAACUUUGGUUGCGGCAGUUCUCGUGAGCACGCACCUUGGAGCUUGUAG